GCACUGCCGCUGUUUCCCCCCCCGCUCCAGCUGCGCCCCCCCCGUCCGUGCCAUCAUGACAGACCGAUCCACCUUCGACACUAACGUGACCACCCUGACCCGGUUCGUGAUGGAGGAGGGCAGGAAAGCGAGCGGCACCGGCGAGCUCACCCAGCUCCUCAACUCCCUUUGCACCGCCGUCAAGGCCAUCUCCACCGCCGUGCGCAAGGCGGGCAUCGCCAACCUUUACGGAAUUGCUGGUUCUACCAAUGUGACAGGGGACCAAGUAAAGAAGUUGGAUGUCCUUUCCAAUGACAUGGUGAUCAAUAUGCUCAAGUCAUCUUUCACAACUUGUAUGAUUGUAUCGGAGGAAAACAAAGAUGUCCUCAUUGUGGAAGAAGACAAACAAGGCAAAUAUAUUGUCUGCAUGGAUCCACUUGAUGGCUCUUCUAACAUUGACUGUCUUGUUUCCAUUGGAACCAUUUUUGCCAUCUACAGAAAGGUUUCACCAGGUGCACCUUCUGAGAAAGAUGCUCUGCAACCAGGACGUAAUCUAGUGGCAGCUGGUUAUGCCCUCUAUGGCAGUGCCACCAUGCUUGUUCUGGCGUUGGAAUGUGGUGUCAACUGUUUUAUGCUUGAUCCGGCAAUUGGGGAAUUCAUUUUGGUCAACAGAGAUGUGAAAAUAAAGAAAAAAGGAAAUAUCUAUAGCCUCAACGAGGGAUAUGCUGCGUAUUUUGAUCCUGCUGUCACAGAAUAUCUUAAGCAGAAGAAAUUUCCACAGGAUGGUAGCUCUCCUUAUGGCAGCAGAUACAUAGGCUCCAUGGUGGCAGAUGUGCACCGUACUCUGGUGUAUGGGGGAAUCUUUCUGUAUCCAGCCAAUUCAAAAAGUCCAAAAGGAAAGCUGAGGCUACUGUAUGAAUGCAACCCAAUGGCCUUCAUCAUGGAGAAGGCUGGAGGGAUGGCGACAACAGGCAAAGAGGCCAUCUUGGACAUUGUGCCUGAAAGCAUUCACCAGCGUGUGCCUAUUGUCUUGGGCUCUCCAGACGAUGUCCAGGAAUACAUAAACCUGUUUAAGAAGCAUUCAGCUAAAUGAAGAGGAGGAAGCAGCGGCUAUGUCUCCCAUUGGAAUGCCUUACCGCUGGACCAAAGACCACACAGUGCAAUAGUACAGACUGGGAAGCCAUUGGUCGAGUGUAAAAGAUCCUUAAAGUCACUGUGCACAAAAAAAGUUUGAACUAUGCAGACUGUCUAAUAAAAGCAAUUAUCAAUUUUA